AUGACAUGUCAAAGUAGUCGCGAGGGAAAUUUAGAUAGUGCAGAUAUGGAAUCAAAUAGCAGCAAGAAUUCUCAUAGUCGUGACUAUUGGGGAAGUCAACAGGCACCAAGUCCCACAUCAAGUCGUAAGGAUAAGACGUCUUCUCCAAAUCACUCGAGACGAAGCACGCCGUCUGCAAAAUCGUCUUCAAGUCGAACAAAAGGAGUUCCUCAAAACUUUGGCUACAUUAAGCGAACUAAUGGAAGCUCAACAGCGACAGAAAUGCAGACAAAUGCAAUGCUUGCGGGAGGUCGGACGGCACAUGUCUCAGCAGUACCGCGAUCUAAUAAACUUAAAGUGUCUGGUGGAACGCAAACAACCACCGCUGACUUCCAACAGAAAAUUCAACAAAAUGCGCAAUAUCGGAGUUUUUCAUUGACGGGUCCGGGGGCUGCACAGUUGAGUCAGUCAGUUAAAGAACGUUUCGGUUCGGGUACUCAUAGUCUACCAAAAGGUGCUAUCGACAUGCAUUCUUUUCAACAACGCAUGGCAAAUCGAAAUUCUGGUAAAAUGAACGAUGGAAGUCUCUCAGACACGCAAUCUUAUUCAGAUGUUAAACCUGAAUUUAACACAUACACAAUGUGGUUGAAACAAACUGGAUCUCCAGCAAAUCGAUUAUCAGAAGGCGAUUCAUUGGAAAGUGUUUCAAUUGUUUCAACAUCAGCGAUGUCAAGAAACUCAAAACUUAUUCAUUCGAGAGAUUCUGUGCCUUCAUCACAACAGCAACAGCAGCAACAACAGCAAGGCCAAAACUCUCGAUUGAACAGAAGUAACAGCAUCAGGUCGACAAAGUCAGAGAAGAUGUACCCAUCAAUGCUAAGUCGUGGUCCCGACAUAGAAACGGAACCGUACUAUUGUCUGCCUGUAAGUACACAAGGUGCUGUCACAUGGAGUCAACCGACAAGUCCAACUCCACCAUCACGUGGUUUCACUGGUUUACUUUCUCCAACGCACAACUCAAGUCAUCGUCUUACAUAUCCGAAGAAGAAUGACGAAGUUCAUGGAAGUCAAAUAUCGCUCAUGUCAGGUGGUUCCUCCAUGUAUGGUUCGACUACAGAAGAACAGAGACAAGUGAAUGAAGUACGAAGACUUAAACGUGAGCUGCAUGACGCUCGCGAACAAGUGAUGAGUCUCUCAAGUCAACUGUCAACUAAC